UGAUCGAUUUUUUUGAGCUUAUUAUGUUGUUUGAUAAAUUUACCCGCAAUUAUUCGAUCCAAAAUGUUAGAAUAAUUAAAUUCGAAAGAGAAGAAGCACGUGCGGAGAAGGCAGAAGUCACGUGAGUCAUCUUCUACUUCCGUAACGCUCGAAAGCGAGUGGCCGACAAUGGAGCAGCCGCCGUCGAAGAGCUGGAGCAUCCACACGCGCCGCGAGAUCACCGCCAAGUACGAGAUCCUUGAGCGCGUGGGCUCCGGCGCCUACUCCGACGUCUACAAGGCCCGCCGCCGCUCCGACUCCACCACCGUCGCCCUGAAGGAGGUGCACGACUACCAGUCCGCCUUCCGUGAGAUCGAGGCCCUCCAGACGCUCCACAACUGCCCCAAUGUUGUCCUCCUCCACGAGUACUUCUGGAGCGACGACGAGGACGCCGUUUUGGUGCUCGAGUACCUGCCCACCGACCUCUCUGCCGUCGUCAAGGCCGCCAAGAAGGACUGGGACGGUGGGAUCACAGUCGGCGAGCUCAAGCGCUGGAUGGUGCAGAUUUUGCGCGGGGUCGACGCCUGCCACCGCAAUUCGAUUGUUCACAGGGAUUUGAAGCCAUCCAAUCUGCUUAUUUCUGCCGACGGAAUCCUCAAAAUCGCCGAUUUUGGCCAGGCUAGGAUACUUCUUGCACCUGGAUUUCUUGAUGAGGGUGCUUAUGAUCAGUUGGCCGAGCAGCCUUCGUCAAAUCAAGCAGCUUUUCCUCAACCAGCUGAAAUCCUUCCCAGACUAGAUGGUCAUGUCAUUCAAGAACAUGUGGAAAAGAGCAGUGAAAAGGGGGCUGCAGAGCCAGAAGACCUCAGAAUGGGUGAGUUUCCCAAUGAUGGUGAUGAAGAAAGCGUAACUCAUGAUGGAGCUGCUUCUUGUCUCGCUACAUGCACGACAAGUGAUCUCGAGGACCCUUUCCAGCAUUCUUAUUCUUAUGAAGGUGAGGAGGGCCGGGUUGAUGGGAAUGGUCCUCUUACCUCCUGUGUUGGAACUCGGUGGUUUAGAGCCCCAGAGCUACUUUAUGGUUCCACAAACUAUGGGCUGGAGAUUGAUCUGUGGUCACUCGGUUGUAUUUUUGGCGAGCUUCUGAGUCUCGAACCAUUAUUCCCGGGCACUUCAGAUAUUGAUCAGCUGGGUAAAAUUUUCAGUGUUUUGGGUAACUUGACUGAGGAGGUUUGGCCUGGUUGUGUACAUCUUCCAGACUACAACAUAAUCUCAUUUGGUAAAGUUGAAAAAUCGACUGGUAUAGAAGCAUGCCUCAUCAAUCGAUCUCCUGAUGAGGUUCUUCUUGUGAAAAAGCUAUUAAAUUAUGACCCAGCUAGCAGAGCUACUGCGAUGGAAUUGCUUCAUGAUAAGUAUUUGAUCGAAGAACCGUUACCGGUUCCUAUAUCAGAGUUGAGGGUUCCCCCUAAACAUGGGAGUCCUGAUGAGGAUUCCUCUGUUAAUUGGAAGGAUUACGAAGGUCUUGAAUCAGAUUCGGAUUUUGAAGAUUUCGGCCCCUCAGCUGUCACUACCACAGAAAACGGCUUCUCAAUUCGCUUCUCUUAAUAAUCAAACAUCGACGACCUCUGCAGUUGGAAGAAGAGCAAAAUGUAUUACUAUUAUGUUUGUGGAUCUCUCCACAGCAAGAAUUUUCAUGUUCAUUUUUUAAGAGAGGAUUUACUGGGAAACUGUGCAAGUCUUACCAAUAAAUCACUUUGUAUUGAGUUGAGGGAUAUAGUUAUUAUAUGUUUGGCAUGCCAUGUGCUGAGAAAAUGAAACAAGGUUGUUAUGUUUUUAUUCAUGAAGAGUCCAGAAGAGCAGCUCUGUAUGAAUGACUUCAUAGGGAUGAUAAAUUAUUAACUUGUGUAGAACACCUCUGUGUGUGUGUGCAAGAUUUGAUGAUCGUUGUUCCA